AUGCGUUCGAGACCAGCUCAAGUGUGCAUUCCGCACUCCGAGAACUGGGACAUCCAGUCCCCCAGCGGAGAGCACUAUAUCAUCCAGAUCUCCUGGCCACUGCACUGGACCGAAGACGAUCUCUCAGCCAAGAAACUAGCACCGGUUAUAUAUAUCGUGGAUGGCAAUGCGCUGUUCAUGACAGCAACCGAGGCCGCCUGGCGACGAGCCACAGGGCCACACUACUCUGGCGGAGGAAUCGUCGUGGCAAUCGGAUAUCCCCUCGAAGGACAAGUCUAUGACAAGCCGCGUCGAGCAUUUGACAUGACGCCGCCCUGUCCUGAUGCACCGGAAGAGUUUGGAGGAGCCAACGCUUUUCUAGAAUUUAUAAACCAGGAUGUGCGAGAGCUUGUGAGAUCGAGAUUCCACCAACUGACUAUAACCCGGGAGGCUCUGUUUGGGCAUUCCUACGGGGGCCUCUUCGUGCUGCAUGCUCUUUUCACAAGCCCUUCACUUUUUGACUGUUACAUGGCUAGUAGUCCUUCGCUCGAGUGGGCUGACUAUUAUAUCUUAAAGGAGGAGAAGGAAUAUAUUGGGAGGUCUGAUCUGGCUACCCCCGGUCUUAUGAUGUUCUUUGGGUCCUACGAGCAAGAUCCCCCUCGGUGGCAUGGCGAGACUCAGGAACGUUACGACCAGCGAAAGGCUGUGGCAGCGGCGCGAGGAACGGGGAUUAAUAUAAAGAAGAUGCGCAAAAGAUUACAGGGUAGCGAGAAACUCUCUGCGGUAACCUUGAAUGAGUACGAGGGAGAGGACCAUGGUAGUGUGAUGGCUUGCGCGUUGAGCCGUGCCCUGACAACCUUUUUCGAAGAAUGGCCGCUGGAUGGAAAUUGA